AUGAAUGUCAAGCGAUUGUUAUGGGAGUCAAAACUUGCAUUGGCACUAUGUCUACUUAUUAUGGCACGAUGUGUGGAUCGUGUACUUUAUACACGAAUUACGUAUGAUUACACUGAAUUCCUCUGGUAUUUUACCAAUGUGAUCCUCCCCGUCUCAUUUUUAAUUUCAUCAGCUCCUGUUGUAGCCUACAAGAUUUACUUCACAGAUGACAUUACGACAGACAUGCGCGAGUUUCCACACUAUAAGUAUAUGCUGAUGGCGCUGUUUGACACACUUUACAAUCUACUGGGCGCGUUCCCAACGCCUCAUAUCGGAGGGAACAUGGCCAAUACGCGCUUCAAGCGCGGCCAUAUUUUAGGCUCGAUCCUGGUGCUCUAUGGUGGUAUGGUGAACUUGAUACCGGCUAUUACUGGUCAGGAUAAUGCGAAUACUCCUGACCCAAGUGUAGGGUGGAUAUCUCUGUACGUCACGUCAUUGAUACCAGCGGCGGCUUCGAACGUCUACAAGGAGAUUGGACUGAAAGACGUAGAUCUUGAUAUCUGGUACGCCAACAUUUGGAUCAGCCUCUACCAGCUUAUCAUUGGCGCUACCACAAUCUGGACAGUGCGUAUUCGAGCGUUCAGUGAUCCUCCAGUGCCUUGGGCAGACUUUUUGCCCUAUGUGAGCAAAGCCCAUUCGUGUUUUAUCGGCAACGAAGUUGAGCUAAACGGCAAGGUACUGGCAUGUGAUGCCGGGGUGUUCCAGGUCUUUUUGGUUUUUAUUGUCUUCAACACAAUCUACAACCAGCUCAUGCUGUAUAUCUUCAAAGAAGGUAGUAGUGUGCUUUUUGUAGUGUCUUCCGCCGUGGGUCUUCCCCUCACGGACUUGCUGUACAUGCUUCCCUUUCUUACGGGUAAGUUUGCCGGCCAAGCUUUCACUAUCUACGAUGGAUUUGCGCUUUUCGUACUUGUGAUGGGACUACUUGUUUACCAUUCUGAGAAAGAAGAGCGCAAAAGUGGCACAGAUUCGGUGGAGAAGUCACCCAUGUAUGCAUCACCUUCGUUGCAGAAGACGCGUCUUAUGCGCAAGCGUCGUGGCAAAGUGGUGUACCGUCAGAGUCCAAUGAUUCGGCGAACUGGAAGUGGCAGCGAUAUUCGACUUUUGGGUCGUAACGCCGCUGGUAAGAGUUUAUACGGUUCCAAUGGCAACACCGCGAUAAGUCAUGCUGGCGACAACGUGUAA